AGGUCGCAGCGCGCCGUCGGCAGCAGGAAAGACACACAGAGGAUCUCCACGGCGUCGCUGGCGUUGGCCCAACCACACACCACCAACAGCAGCCAGUGGAACAAACCAAAACCUGAGAGCGAAAGCAGAACAAAGAAUUGAAGAUGGCGACCAGCUCGGAGCGCAGUCCUCCUCCGUUCCCGGACUCCGAGGACCAAGAUGUGCUGGACUCUGAAGAAGUCGGAGGUCGAGACAGUGAUGAAGACGAAGACGACGACGACGACGGAGAGGAAGACCUCUUCUUGAGCGCGAGCGACCCUCCACUAACCGAAAUGGACACCCCACUGCCACCUGCCAGCCAAACCAUUGAUGUUUUAAUGAAGCCGCCUCCCAGCGACAUCAUGGAUGAGCCCUUAAUCGAGCCCAUCAGCAGCCAAACAGAAAACAAACCAGCGAGCGAAGUCGUCAGCGAACCCUCGGAUGAUUUUGUCGACCUAACAAACAACGUAACCGACUCUCCCGAUGACGCGUCCGUUGCUGAAAUUGCCGUUGCAGACGCAGCAAAAGACACAACUGACAUCCCUUUAGAUGACCCCUCGGAUGAUUUUGAAGACAUAUUUGGAAGUGGAAGUGAAACUGAAGCGCCGCGAGAGGAAGUUGUAAUAGCAGAUGUUACUGUCGAAGCAGCAACGGAUAAAGGUGAAGUGACCAGUGAUGUGGCAGACCCACCUGGUGAUGAGAAAACAGGAAGUGAUGAUGAACAGGAAGCAAAAGAAGCUUCCAUUGAUUCAAUUAUCGACCUCAGUGAUGAUUUGCCAAUCAUUGACCUACAACAGCCGCCACCUGCCAGUGAAAAAUUUGUUGACCCUCUGGUCGACCUCCUUAGUGAUACUCCAGUCGCUGCUGAAGUCAAAAUACCCAGCCGGGCAACAGUCGACCUGUUCGAAGACGAGGGAAGCGACUUGUUCACAGAGUCACGGCAGACUAAAUCUGCCAAGCAGCAACAGAAGAGCCUCUUCGGUGAAGCUGAUGAGGAUCUGUUCGGUGAGCCGCUGGGCGCCACCUCAAAGAAACCCGUCAGCAAAGAGCAGAAGGACAAACCUGUCGCAACCAAAGCUGCCAGUGUUGUUAGCAACAUAGGUGGGCCUCUGCAAGACAUUAGUCCCGCAGAACCUGCUGAUCUCUUCAGUGAGGAAGCCGUCACCACAGUGCCCAGCAUCAAAAACACCAGCGCUGUCGGCUCCAAGACUAAUGGAGUCCACUCUGAAGAGGAGACAGAUAUAUUCGCUGAAGCCACAGUGGAACUUUCUCUCGACAGUCCGCGGGACGAGAGAAAGAAAGAUGUCACGGCCAAACCGUCUGCGUCUACGUCCACCCCCUCCCUGUCAGCAGCUGCUACCAGCCUGGCCAAGCCACAGUCUGCUGCCCUGGAGGAGUUGGAAGAAGAGGAAGAAGAGGAGCAGGAAGACAAAUUUGAGAUCUCUGUCUCUGUCAAAGACCCUGAAAAAAUUGGGGAUGGUAUGAACGCCUACAUGGCCUACAAAUUAACCACACAGACCGCACUGCCCAUGUUCCGCAACAAGACAUUCACAGUGAGGCGACGCUUCAGCGACUUCCUCGGCCUCUUCGAGAAGCUUUCUGAAAAACAUGGACCAAAUGGAUACAUCGUGCCUCCGCCGCCAGAGAAGAGCAUCCUGGGUAUGACGAAGAUGAAGGUGGGAAAGGAAGAUUCCUCAUCUGCAGACUUCGUUGAGAGAAGACGAGGCGCUUUGGAGAGGUAUCUCCAGAGGGUUGUAAGUCACCCAUCACUUCUCCAAGAUCCAGAUGUCAGAGAGUUCCUGGAGAGAGAAGAAUUACCCAGAGCGGUGGGCACCCAGGCUCUGAGCGGCGCUGGCUUCCUGAAGAUGAUCAACAAAGCAACAGAUGCUGUCAGUAAAAUGACCAUCAAGAUGAAUGAGUCAGACGUGUGGUUUGAGGAGAAGCUGCAGGAGGUGGAAUCAGCAGACCAGCAGUUCAGAAAGCUCCACGCGCUGGUCGAAUCUCUGGUCAUCCACAGGAAAGAGCUGUCGUUAAACACAGCCAGCUUUGCCAAAAGCACAGCCAUGCUGGGCAGCGCCGAGGACAACACCGCUCUGUCCCGAGCUCUCUCUCAGCUGGCAGAGGUGGAGGACAAGAUGGAGCAGUUACACCAGGAACAGGCCGCGAACGACACCUUCAACUUUGCCGAACUCAUCGCAGAUUACAUCCGUCUGCUUGGAGCCGUGAGGGGGUCGUUUGAUCACCGGAUGAAGGCGUGGCAGCGCUGGCAGGAUGCUCAGACCGUCCUGCAGAAGAAGAGGGAGACGGAGGCCAAACUGCUGUGGGCCAACAAGCCCGACAAACUGCAGCUGGCCAAAGAGGAGAUCGCUGAGUGGGAGGCCAAGGUGACGCAGUACGAGAGAGACUUUGAAAGAGUUUCUGCCACCGUGCGCAAGGAAGUCGUCCGCUUUGACAAAGAAAAGGCCAAGAACUGCAAAAGAGACAUAAUUAAUUACUUGGAGUGUCUGCUUCAGUCUCAGCAACAGCUCAUAAAGUACUGGGAGGCUUUCUUACCAGAAGCAAAAGCAAUCGCCUAAUCCUCGAGCACCAGCCUUUUGGAUGUCAAAGCGGGCUGCCUUUUUCUUAUACACUUUACCUCUUGCCUUUAAACCAAGGAAAAUGCGCGCAUUGUAAAGGGAGAUACAAUCAACCUGUUUUUUUAAUCACCUUUAACAUAUAGCUCUGUACUCUAUUGUAUUAAUAAUUGUAUAUUUUCAUUUAACCUUCCACAAAUAUUUUCUUAUUAGAUGAAAAAGAGUUUGCAUAUACAAAGAUAUGGACACACGAAAAGAGAAGAUAGAUGAAUGAUUCCAUUAAUUUCCACAAGAGAAGGGAAAUGAACCGAGUCCGUUGUUCUCAGGAUUUUCUCCCUCGUGUGAUCAGGAGCUCUUUCACAUCAGCAGUGGUUAAUUGUUUACAGCGCGGCUGCUCUCUCAUCAAAUAUUUCUGGGGACCCAGAUGAAGAAAGUGGCCAAGAGUCUCACUCUGUUUCUUCUUUUUAACGACACAAAGGGAUAAAAUAACACGUUACGAAUUAUGAGCACUUCCACAAGGUGGAUAAAGUACUUAAGUACCAGCCAUGUUUUUCUUUUUUUUUUGUUAUUCUUUCAGAUUUAAAAUACUAUUGAUGCUGAGGGGAGGGGUGCAGGGUAUUGAGAGGCAUUAGAUUAGCAGUGUCUACAGCUGUGGUCAAGGGUUGCGUCGUAGGUCAAGUUUAAUGUUUUAGAUAUGAUUUCAAUCAUAGUGCAAACUUUACACUUAUAACCACACAUGUCUGUGCCUUUUUAAGUCAGAAUGGUGUUUUUUGGUAUAAUCCAGUUUGGGAGAAAGUUGUAAACAGUUGUGGGCGGCGCAGAGGCUCGUUAACAGUUACUUCCACAACAGCCAUAAUGAUAUAAUGAGUGUCAAUGUUGAGGUUGAAAAACAAUACUGGCGUUUUCAUGUUUAAGCCCAUUUACUAUAAAUUAAGUGUUUUUUCACUCUAUAAUGUUGCUUAUAUCUCUGGGAAGUA